ACCACCCCACAUUUAUAAUCAACCAGAAAUCUUACACAAAACCCAUCACAUUACACCAUAAAUCAUCUCUCCCAACUCUGUAAUUCUGCAACUAUGGCGAAUUUCAGUGACCCAAUGUUGUUUCUUUGCCCUCCAAUGGUGGAGAAUAAGUACUGGAAUCCUUCCAAUGUUGCCGGCGAGGUUGCUCCUAAUUGCCCCCCGCUGUGCCUCUCCAAACACCAAGUUUUGUUAUUACAACAAUUACAGUCUCUCGCAGCCUCGGUACUUUUGCAAGGGCUGUCGGAGGUACUGGACUAAAGGCGGCUCGCUCAGAAAUGUACCGGUCGGUGGGGGUUGUCGCAAACAUCGUCGCGCCAAGGCUGCCCGCCGGACGAUUGACCGGACUAAUCUCCAUUCCAGUGAUCGACAGAAUUAUGAGUCGUUUGGGAGGCCUAAUUCAGACUCUGGUAAAAUUCACUCUAAUGAGUGCGAAGAAAUCGACAUGGCGCUUGUUUUCGCUAAGUAUUUGAAUCAGGAUUUCUUCCUCUGGAGAAGAAUUGAUCACAAUAGGUCAUCGGAGAAUCAUGUGGCGAUCGAAUGUCAGGAUUAUCCGGCGACGGGUUUAAUCGGGGAACCGAAUUCGAUUGAAAAAGCAUUGCCUCAUCAGGAAAUUUUGGCAGAGAAUCAUGGUUUUGGAUUACUUGGAGUAGUUGAAGAAGUGUCUCAGGAUGCAUUGUGGUCUGAUGAUCAUGCAAUCACUUUGCCCCAAUUUACAUGGCAAUCGACCGAACAAUCGCCGGAAUUUGAUGCAGUUUUUCCCGAUCAUGAUCAGUACUUGAAGAUUCCUGCAGAUUUGAUCAGUGAUGGUUGGAGUUCCUUUAAUCUGCCAAUGUUAGACAAUCAGAACACUACCCCUACCCUUUUGAAUUGGUCAUAG